AUGUGGAAGAUUUCUAGGCAAUACAAGAGAACGGAGAGAAUUUUUCAAUUAAAGGACCAAAUCGAAUUCUUUCAAUUGAUGGUCAUGAUAAGUUGUCACGAUUUGGAUUUGAAAUUUAUGGUGCAAUUGAUGCAUAUUCAAGGUAUAUUGUCUGGUGUUAUGUUGGUAUUUCAAAUCGAAUUGCAGUUUCAGUCAACAAGCAGUAUCUUCGUCUAUUACGUACCACAUUACAUAUGCCAAAAGUAAUUCGCUCAGAUAAAGGUGAGUUGGCAAGUUUAAUUUAUUAAUUUAUCGCUAUUUCCUUAUACUAUUAGAUUAUAAUAGGCUAAAAAAACUAUUUAUAGGAAGUGAAACUGUUCUUUUAGCAGAGUCUCACCUCAGCUUACGAAGAGCUAAUCAUCCUGAUCUUCCAUUUGAGAAAGCAUACUCUUAUAGAAAAUCAACUAAGAAUCAACGUAUUGAAGCUUGGUGGAAUAUCUUAACCAAAGGUCAAACGCAAGCAUGGAAAGUUUACUUUGCUCAAUUGGAAUCUGAUGGAUAUUUCAAUGGUGGUGAUUUGGAUAAGUUAUGCUUACAAUUUCUCUACAUGAAAAUUAUUCGAUCGCAUAUUCAUCGCUUCGUUGAAAUUCAUAACUCUCAUCCUAUUCGACUUCAGCGCAAGCGGGAGCACUAUCUACCAACUGGACAACCCUUUCUCCUAUAUUACUAUCCAGAAAGUGGAAAGGAUUAUAAGGAAAAAGUAAAUGAAAGCCUACUUGCAGCCUUAGAAGCAGAGGUUUCAGAAUUUGAUCUUGACGAAUACUUACCAAUAUCUACCCUUGCUCUCUAUCAAGGAUUUCUUGAUGAAGGUAGAUAUCCUGAUGAAUUUUCUUAUAGUGAUCCACGUCAUAGAGAGGCGUACCUCUAUUUACGUGAUCGUGUAUCAGACUAUAUUACACUUGGUCAUGAGGUACAAUUAUCAUUACAGCCAGUUGGCGCUAGCGAAUGGAUUGCUGUACACCAAAGUCAUGAGAUCGAAGUCCAUCAUGGACAAGUUAUUGGUAUUGCAGGUGAUCAACUGAUGCAACUAAUCCCAACUGAUGAUGAGGAGGAAACUACCUCCCCCUCAGUUACUCCACAGACUACGAUAGCAAAUACGAUUUUAAGCACAACACAUAG